AAGAUGUGUUUAAUGUUUUAUUCAUUAAUUAUUUACGCUCAGAAGUCCCACUUGAGUACUUACAUGUUUACAUACUCGUACACUAAUUAAUACAGAAUUUUUUCUUCUAACCAAUCCAUCCACUGUUUAUUUAGAUGGUAAACGUACUUCGAUGGAUUCCAACAUGAAUAUCAACAGUGGUAAUCACAAUAAUAACAAUAACAACAAUAACGGUAAUGGUAGUAAUGAGAACAAUAACAUUAAGGAGCCAUUAUUCAGUAAUAACAGUAAUAACAGUAAUAACAUAACAGCCAUAAAUAAUAAAUCCUGUGAAUCCAGCAGCACCGAAUUGAAUGCGGACAUAAUAACAAACAGCAAUAACAACAACAGCAAUAUAAUAACAAAUUCAUUGCCCCACAAUAAUAGUGAUUCAAGCAAUCCCGAUAUGAUUUCACCUAUUAUAAUGGCCAAGUUCCUGGAAGAUGAGCUGAAAGCGAGCGAAGUGAAACACUGUGAUACUUGCCAGUGCUCCAAACAGGACCUCACCGUGUUAGCAGACGUCUCUCGCUCCUAUACAGUGUCCACACAAACACCUUUUCAACUACAGCUCGGCGGCGGCAAUCUCAAUGAGCCGCUGACACAAUUGUGCCUACGUUGUCAUAGCAAUUUGAAUUCACCUUCACGCACCAAUAGUCCCUAUCUAAUGAAAUUGGUCAAAUCCAGUGAUUCUGUGAUUUCAGAAACGAAAAGUUCCGUAUCGGAUCUCAAUGAUAUGGACAAAUUAUUUACGCCGGCCAAAAAGGACGAUUUAAUGGUGAAUCCCAUAUUGGGUCAUCAUCGCUUGUGCGAGCGAACGGCUGGUAGUGGUGCAUUGCAACAUCAAAAUGGUAUUGGUGCGGCUAAACUGAGCACCACCUUACUGUAUCCCACCACACAUCUGGGCACUUAUGGAAGUGAGAAAUAUACGCUGGAGACGAGUAGUAGUAGCCUCGCAGCUGCGACUCUAUUGAAAAAUGGCUAUCAACGACGUUUCCUCGAGGGUGGCGGCACAGCGUUGGAAUUGCUCAAUACUGCUGUGGGCAAUGGUGCUGGUACAGCAAUGCAGAAUAUUGCUAAGAAGGUGGCAGAGCAAGUGACAGCUAAGUUGAUGGGCAAUGACGAGCUGGACGAUGAGGCAAAGCCGCUGCUCAGCGCAACAUCGCAAACUAAUUUACUAGACUAUGAUAGAUUGAAGGCUAGUGUUGGCAUUGAAAUGGCCGAACCUGCUUUAGAACAGCAGAUCAAGUCACCAGCGAGUAUUUGCAGUGCCUCAGAUGCGAAGCAGAAUCUCAUGAAGUCGGCUAUUACGGGUAGCGUGAAUAGUCUGUGGAGCAGAACGAGCAGCUGUGAGGGUGCAAAAAUGUUCGAGACUUUUAAUAGGAAUUUGAUUAAAACGAUUAAGGCUGAAAACCCUAAACACCGUGGACCACGCCUUUGUGCUAUGCGCAUACAGCAGAACGGCCAAAGCAAUAUUCUGCUCGACAACAUUGAGUCCAUGGAGGCGGCAACGCCCAUUAUCUACAAGCGUCGCGAACGUCUUCUGGAUGAGGAACUGGAUGACACUAAGGACAUUAUAACAUCCAAUGUAACAACUGUAUCGAGCUUAGAAAUAGCAACAACAAACCAAAAGAUGGUUACAGGCCUAUGUCACUCAGGUGACGGGGAGAAGGAAAAAUUAGAGGAGGUGAGCAGCUUACGAACGGUGCCAUUAGAAGAAACUUGCAAUAUACAAGCGCCACAUAAUGAAAUGGAACAACAGUGUGAAAAGACGGUUAACCACAUGGACCCUAACGGUUGUGUGGCGAAUAGUAAUGGGGUAAGUGAGGCUGCUGAUCUCAUAAAUAAGGACGGCGCCGGCGGAGAAACGAGUGGUGCUGGCAAUAUAAACGAGAGCACAACGUCUUUGAUAGACUUAAAAACGCCCACCACGGCAAGGGAGUCGAGUGCAGCAUGCGAAGACAACGGUAAUUCAAGCACUGCGGACAGAGAAUUGGACACGCGAACCACGUUGGCAACUCCGCCGCUGACUAGUGCAAUGGAUGCGGUGGCGACGCCUGCGCAAACAGGCACGGCAAUCGGUAUCACUGCCACCGCCCAUCAUGUAAGAAACUCCAAUAGUGCACAACAAAUGCAUAAACCAAAGUAUACAAGCACUUUUUAUGCACAACAAAACGAGUCCAGCUCCAAGACUUCGCACAACUCCAAGUCCUGCACACAAUCCAGUUCCAUUAGUGAUGCCAUUGACUUCCAAGAAAGCAUUAUAUUGCGGCGGCAGCAGCUCAAUCGGGUGGCCGAAUGGGUGCAAAGUAAUACGCAACAAUUGGAACAACAACAACAGCAGCAACAGCAACGUAUACAGCAGCAGCAACAACAACAACAACAAGCGCUCAAUUGCACUAACAAUUGCAACUCCUCGGCGGGCAUAGAACGUCAAUCGUCGUACUCAACUUUGGAUCCACUAGACUCGGUCUCCGUGGAGAAGCUUUCAAUGGACUCAGGUUAUAAGACUACACCACAACCGCCGCACACAAAUGGAUAUCAUCAAAGAUUGGAUGAUGCGAAUAAAUCGACCGAAGACUCGCUAUCGCCAAAGACGGAUACGAAUUCUAGUCUCAACAACCACAACAACAGCAACAACAACAACAAUGACAACAAUGGCGAAUGUAAAAUUGGCACACCCUUCAAUCUCUAUCAAACCGCAGACAACUAUCGUCUGCAAGCACAAAUCUAUCCUACGAACACUUACUACCGACGCACCACACGUUCGGGCCUGCCGGUAGCGUACACCACACCCGAUCCGAAUGCGCCCAGCGCCGAAACCUUCUUAAAUAACUAUACUAACAACAACAACAACAACAACAGUAAUAAUAACGCAAACAGCACAACACCAACACUACCCGAACAGCCAACAUGUGAUAUACUCAACUAUAAGUACUAUCCGAGUGAUACGGAUAAGACGCGCGCCGUCAGCGCCGAACUGCACACAACCACCAAACACGUGGACAUCGCUCAAAUGGAAUAUAAUGUGAAGCAAUUUCUGCUGAAACAGAACGAGUGGUCAAUGCGUGCCAAUGCAACGCGAAGCGGUCGCGUCGGCUUCAAUACAUCGGCAUCGAAUUUGAGCAGCGCCAAUUCGCAGAUAACGCUUAGCAGCCAACGUACGCAGACCACAGCGAAGACGUUGCGACAGUUGAAACUCUUCACCGGCCUGGGUGUGGGGCCGGGUGUGGGUGCGAGAGUACAGCCGGCAAAUACAAAUAGCGCGACGGCGCCGGCAGCGACAAUGUCGGUAAGCGGUCGUGACGAACGCGAGCUUAACGUGAAGACGAAUCCGUCGUACGGCAUUGACGGAGCAAAGGUAGCGGCGACGUUAGCAGCUAACGCUUUGCCACAAAGGACUGAAACGAAUUUAUAAGAAAAUUUAGAGUUUUAAAAAUGUAUUAUAUUUAAUUACAGCUUAAGCUUAAUACGUGCACACAUAUUUACUAUAAACAUACUACAUACAUGAAAUUAAAAUAUACAUAUAUAUGAAUAUACGAUAUUGUACGAGUAUGUAAUUAGUUUUGUAAUAAUCGCGGCGAGAAGAUGGUGCAGUUGAAAGCUUAAAGAGCUUUAAGCUUGCGUAAAAAUUGCUUUAUAAGCAUACAAGUAUAAACAUGGUUGCCAUUUGUACAUACAUACAUAUAUAGUUCACUAUUUCAUCUCGUUGAAUUAUUUUUCCAAAAAAAUAACUGUUUUUUUUUCAAAUACUCAUAAUCGCGGCAAAGGGAUAAGA